CCCGGCGCAGCGUGCGCCACCCUCCGGCCGUCCAGUACCGGGAGCCCGACUCGGCCGAGUCCUCCCCGCUGGCCUCCAGCUCCGGUGCGGGCCGCUCGGGCCAGUCGUCCGCCGCCUCCAUCAGCUGGUCCGACGCCGAGACCACGUUCGACCGGCUGCUGCGCGGACAAGUUUUUCAGAAGGUGAAAAUCCGAGAUAACCCACUGAAUGAAAGCUCGUUCUCGAGCAGCGCUGACCAGGCGCCGAGCAUUCGUCUGUUCGAGUCACCGUCGGCGCCGCCGCCGGUGCCACCCGGUAAAACCGAGAGACGACGUGGUAAGGAGAACCGCCCGGCGAAGGCGUACGGCCGUGCCUCGAAGCGCUCCAGCACGGUGCCCGCCCGUGCUCGUCCGAGUGUGAUCUUCCCUGCACCGGACUCCGACUGGAGCGGUCCCUCCAAGGGCCGCGACAGCGUGGCAGGGGCACAGACAAGGCGCCGCGAUGUGUCGGAAGGACUGCGCUCCGUGGAGAGAAAACGCGAUGAGUCGGGACUGGUGUCAGUGGAGCAGCGGGACGGCGAGGCAUCAGGUCUGUUUGGGGAGCCGAAAAUGGUUGGCACCCCCGCAGUGCCUAGCCGGCGUCUGUUGAGCGCCGCCACCGUCGGACCUAGCGCCAGCACUCCGGUGGCGGGCCGUCUGUGGUCGGCCUCGCCGCUGGUCUCGCCGUUCCUGCCGGCCGCGGAUAGUGUGCGCACCGUCACCCCCGGCGCCAGUCCCGAGCUGGUCGUCGUCGCCGGCCGAGCUCAGCCCGACAGGAGCGCUCACGGAGACAGCGUCGUUGUCCCUGGCCCGCCUCCCUCCCCCGACCUGUUCUCUCUGCUCCUGCUGUCACCGCUACGUCCCAGCCGCUGUCACCUCCCCGGCUGUCACCUGAGGCCAGCCCAGCUGUGGGACAGUCACAACAGGACAGCUUAGCGAUGGGACAGUCACAUCAAGACAGCCCAGCGGUCGGACAGUCACACCAGGCCAGCCCAGCAGUGGCACAGUCACAUCAUGCCAGCCCGGCGGUGGGACAGUCACACCAGGCCAGCCCAGCGGUCGGACAGUCACAUCAGGACAGCCUAGCGAUGGAACAGUCACACCAGGCCAGCCCAGCGGUCGGACAGUCACAUCAGGACAGCCUAGCGAUGGAAUUACAGUCACACCAGGCCAGCCCAGCGGUCGGACAGUCACACCAGGCCAGUCCAGCGGUCGGACAGUCACAUCAGGACAGCCUAGCGAUGGAAUUACAGUCACACCAGGCCAGCCCAGCGGUGGGACAGUCACACCAAGCCAGCUUAGCGGUGGGACAGACAAUGCCGGAGACAAGCGUGUUGGCAACACGGGCGCACCAGGAGACGAGGCUGUCGGUGGAAGGGGCCGACGACUCCAUAGCCGAUGGUCCUGUGGACAUGCUGCCGCGCUACAGGUCGGCUGUGUUCUCAUCGGACGAAGAAGACGAAGAGCAGGAGACUGCUGAGGCGCCUACAGGUUCGGUCGAGGCGCGGUCGGGACUCGUUUCUGGCGAUGGCGCGUCGCGCCUCUCGUCCGACGAGGUGCGGUCUGAUCUGUCUCGAUUUGCCGACUCGAAGGUGGACGCCGAAUUGGGACAGGAUGUGCCGGCUGCCCCCAUGGACGCUACCGAUGGGUCACGGUGGUUUUCUGCGGACAGGUCCGGUACCGAUCCGCUCAGUUCGCGCCAGACGAACCUCGACGGUGCGUCGCCGCUAGUCGACUGUUUCGUCCGUGUCCAGAGACUGAGUUCCGAUGAGCUCCGAGAGCUGACGGGGGCGGGCAGCGACUCUGGAGCUGCGGAUGUCUCCGAGGAUCCCGCGGAGAGCGACGCAAAGAUGUCGCCCUCUUCCUCACAGAGCUCCAUGGGAAGGAUGGCCGAGUGUUUUGUCCACCUGUGUCGGUUGGAAGAAGUGGGGGCGGCCCGAGACCCAUCGCCGGCGGCCGAAGACACCAGCGGAGGAGAGGAUAGCGGUCUGUGGAAGGAAGACGCUUCUGACGCGACAAAGGUCGAGUCGGCGGCGGAUGACGGUCAGAUGGAGGUGGACCAAGGUCCACUGGAGGCGGACCAAGGUCCACUGGAGGCGGACCAUGACGGCCCACUGGAGACGGACCAUGGUCCUUCGGAGGCCGAUGUAUCGCCGCUGCACCUGCCGCCAUUGCUGUCGCCUGAUCGAGACGAGAAGAGCCGGCCGCCGGCCGCCGCCGCCGCUACCACUCCGUCUCUGGGCGCGGUGCUGCUGGCGCUGCGAGCCGGCAAGGGCUGGCGCCGCUCCUUAUGUCAGGUGGACGCGGCGGCCGCGGACGGCGGGCUGCGCGACUGGACAGUGACGCCCCGCCACGCCUCUGACCUGCCGGACCGUCGGCGGUCGCUGCAGCCGGGCCGCGGCGGACAGGAGGAGCCGACUGGUUACACGUCACGGCUGCGUCCCCUCCGCAGCCGCCGCACCACCCUGGCAACGUACGUGGAGGAAGAGGAGGAGGACCAAGAGGGAGACCGGGUGCGGUCGCUGAUGCCACCUCCGCCGCCGCCGCCCCAGCAGCAGGAGUUUGUGACUCACACACUGAGGAGUGGCCGCCGAGUGUCGAUGGCGCUGCCCGCCCCUCCGCCACCGUCAGAGGUCGAGUGGCGCACGCCGCGGGACGCCCGGCGGUCCGUGGCGUUACCGUCCAGACGGGUCUCCGAGAUGGGCACCACCGGGCCCCAGGCGCGCCAGGCAGGCCGGCGCUCGAUGCAGCUCUCCCACCGGGAGCUCUCCGAAGAGCAGUACUCGCGAGCGAUGGCCGCGUUCCAGGCGCUGCGGGACUCGCUGCCGGCGCUGGCCACGCCGCGCGCCGCCGCAGACCGGACCGGUGGCGGCGGGGACGCGCUGUUUGCUUCUCCCGUUCUGCCGGGCGCGGCCGAACGGCGCUCGGUGCGCGUCUCGAUGGCCCCGCUGUCCGAGUGUGUGCCCACGCCGCGGCGGCGCUCCGUGCUGCCCGUCGGGUUCAGCCCGGCGCCCAAACACCGGCGCUCCUCCGUCUACGUGUCGACCGACGAGGCGGAGGCGACUCUGCAGAACGGACCGGACGUGUCGCUCAACUACGACGACCCAGCUGCCAGGGUUCUGGAGCUGUGUGGCCUGGAGCGACCGGCUAGCUUCUUACAGUACUCUCGCAGGCACAAGGUGACCAAGAAGAUUGGCGAGGGUGUGUACGGAGAGGUGUUUCUCUGCGAGACCAAGACGUCCCGGUCGGUCAUCAAAAUUAUGCCAAUCGAGGGCGACUUUGAGGUUAACGACGCGGCUCAGAAGAGCUACGGAGAGGUGUUGUCAGAGCUUCUCAUCUCAAAGUCGCUGAGUGACCUGCACGCGGGCAAGGAGCACGCGGCAGAGGGCUACGUCCGCCUGCUCUCGAGUCACGUGGUGCGCGGCGCGUACCCGGCCUCCCUGAACAAACUCUGGGACAAGUUUGACCAAGACAAGGGUUCGGAGAACGAGCACCCUCGGGUCUUCCCCAGCGACCAGCUGUUCCUGGUACUCGAGUAUUCACACGCGGGCACGGACCUGGAGAACUUCCAGUUCCGGGACGUGGACCAGGCGAUAGCCGCCUUCUAUCAGGUGGCCUUCAGUCUGGCCGUGGGUGAGGCGGCGCUCGAGUUCGAACACCGUGACCUCCACUGGGGUAACGUGCUGCUCCGAGAGGAGGACACUGACCACCUCCCGGGCCUGCUGGGUGGCCGCCGGUACCGUCUGCCCACGGCCGGACUCCGAGCGACCAUCAUCGACUUUACUCUGUCGCGGCUGCGCGCCGACGGCGCCGUGGUCUACAACAACCUGGCAGAGGACCCGACGCUGUUUAAUGCGCACGGGGACCAUCAGUUCGAGGUCUACCGCCAGAUGAGGACAGCCACGGACGACCGGUGGCGGCAGCACUGCCCGGUCACCAACAUCCAGUGGCUGUACUACCUGGCCGACAAACUGUGCGCCGGCUGCGCCUACGAGGGCGCCGGCUCCCGGCGGCACCGGCAGCAGCUGCGCCGGCUGCACCAGCUGCGGCAGCUGGUCAACGACUUCGGCAGCGCCACGCAGCUGGUGGAGGCGCUGUGCGGCGACUGGUGCGAGCGCUGAGCAGCCGCCGCGCCCGUCAGAGUGGGAGGGUGAGUGCCCGCUGACCGGACGGUCACUACAGGGAGGGCAGCGGCGCGGGUCGGGCGGGCCUGGGUCCGGCUGAGCACGGUUCGUCGGAAGGUCAUCUCAGGCUCAAAACAAACGGUAUAUAUGAUUCGAAGGCUGACGGUGAGCUGAAUCCAAAAUUGUAUUUUUUAUCAUAAUCGAUCGAUGGCCUUUUUUGAAAAUUGCGUUUAAAAACUAUAAUUUUUUAAUCAACCCGAGCAUUCUUGAAAAAAUAAACAUGUUUUUUCGAAUUCCUGUGAAAGCUGAACGC